UGAAGCUCCUCCCACAACAAUCACACCUUCAGUGAAGCUCCUCCCACAACAAUCACACCUUCAGUGAAGCUCCUCCCACUGCAGUUCAGCAAUAAAUGCUGGAAUAUUCCCAUCAGUCUACAAGUGAAGACGAGCAUCAGAGCAUCAGGAAGAAGUGAAAUCUGCAGAGACAGAGUUUAUUGAAGGACAGAGAGAACAUGAGAGAUCCAGAACCCUGCAGAAUGAAACACACUGAAGAACAAACAGAUCUGAAAGAGAAGAAACAUGUCAAAACUGGAGGAAAAACUCGCUCACAGACUGAAAGUGUUUCUUUACUGAAAAGAAGAAAAGACAAGAAAAGGUUCACCUGCACUCAGUGUGGAAAGAGUUUCACAAAGAAACAGCAUCUCAGUGUUCACAUGAGGAUCCACACUGGAGAGAAACCGUUCACAUGUGAUCAGUGCGGGAAGAGAUUCAGACAACAAGGAGACCUUCAGAGACACAUGAUCAUCCACACUGGAGAGAAACUGUAUGAAUGUGAUCAAUGCGGCAAAACAUUUUUGAGAGCUUCAAACCUGAAGGAUCACCUGAACAUUCAUACGAAGGAGAAACCACAUUCAUGUUCAUUGUGUGGAAAGAGUUUUUCACAUCUGCAGAAUUUAAAAGUUAAUCAGAAGAUACACACCGGUGUGAGAGAACAUAUGUGCUUUGAAUGUGAGAAGACUUUUAUUACAGCUGAUCAUUUGAAACAGCACCAGAGGAUCCACACUGGAGAGAAACCUUACAAGUGUUCACACUGCGACAAGAGAUUCAGUCAGUCCGCACAUCAGAAAUCACAUGAGAGGAUUCACACUGGA